UGAUUAUACCCGGCCGUCACUCGAAUCGAUCGACAGAGAGCACUCUUCAUCCCGGCUGAUACUGCACGAGAAUGACCAGCAGUAUGCAUCGAAUAUCUCUGCAGACUCUACGGGCGACAUUUCAACAUCAACCCGCUUCACGACCAAUCCAAAAAAAGAUAUUGAUGCCGAAGUGACAGUGCUCGAGGACUCGAUGAGAAAACCCAACACAAACCGGUCCAUAUUUCGCGACUGGUGGCGAGAGAUCUUUUCAAUCAGUCUGGCGAUCAUCUGUACAAUCCUUUCGGUAGCGGUAUUGUUAUACGUGGACAACCGCUCCGCGCAUGAGUGGAACUUGCCUGUUCAGCCUAACACAUUGAUUGCAUCUCUCGCCACCUUGGCACGAGCCGCGCUGAUUUUUCCGCUUGCCGAAUGCAUUGGACAUCUCAAGUGGACUUAUUUCGAGAAGCCAAGAGCGCUUAUCUCCCUCCAUCUAUUUGACUCAGCCAGUAGAGGCCCUAUGGGUGCUCUGACAUUCUUGUGGAGGGAGCGAAUGCACUUGCCUCUCGCUUCUGGAGCGGCUCUUGUCACCAUCCUUCUUCUGCUUUUCCAGCCUUUUGCACAGCAAACAAUUCAGUUUGCUUCGAGAUCCGCACCAAUGGCAAAUGAAACAGCCCAUACGCUUCUGACUCGCGACUUCUCCACGGACAAGUACACGGAACAUUCUCCAGGAUCUGACCCAUUCUAUCCAGCGGUAACCUUGGGCCUGUACAAAGCAGCUUUCAAAGAGGCUGCGGAUGAUUCCAAGAAUGCAAAGUGCUCCACCGCAUUGUGCGAUUACCCCGACCAUUAUACUCUUGCAUUUUGCUCGGCCUGCGAAGAGCAAUCGCUAAGUGGCUCAAUUUUCGAUCUCUUUGAGAACUGUACCUUGGCAGGAACGCCAGACAGAGUUGGAAAGUCUGCCAUUCUGGAGUAUGUUGACUCACGGAUUGGGGAAAAAUCAUCUAAAGGAUCAUUCAACUCCACGAUCACAUGCAAGAUUCCUCAGAUCUCUCCUAUCACGCUAUCAAUCGAUUACAACAGGAGAAUGUCCCCAGACCUCAAUCUCACACUCCAUGUGUUCGACCCAGUAGGCUAUUUACCUCGCCAACGCACUUCCUGGGACAAGGGAUCCUUUGUCAAUUCAACGCUGGAGAUUCACAACAAGUUCGUGGGCUCCACCGCACUCACGAACUUUAGCAUGAAGUCCUGCAAGUACGAGCCAGGGCAUGCCGUUGUGGAGAACAGGAAUGUUAGCGUCUUACUCAAUGCUACCUGUGUAGACUCCACCACAGACCUGAGCAGCUACUUUGCUGGAAACAAGACGACCCCGCAAUUCGGAAUGUUCAAUGGAACAGUGACGAAAUGCUCCUUAAAGCCGUGUGUUAAGCACUUUACUGAGGCGAAAAUGUUGGGCAACCGUUUCUCUGCUAAUAUCACAACAAAACCGACUGUCUUGGGGCCAGAAACUCGAAGCUUUUCCCACAAAACCGACGAUGGAGAAGAACUCACCUACAGCUGGCAGUACAGAGCUUUCAUAUUCCUGGAAGCUUAUAUUCGGGAAGAAUUAGAUAACAUAGUGUUCUUGUUCGCCCACAUGAAGACGAUCUCGGGUGGCGGGGACGAUACCCCUUCACUCUAUGAACGCAUUGCCGAGCAGCUGUCAACGCUCAUCAAGAGUCCGUCAAACAACCAAAUUCAAACCUUGGAAGGAACUGCUUAUGGGAGUGAGAUAUACAUACAGGUCCGCUGGCCAUGGUUCUUCUUUCCUUUGUUUCUCACCGCAGCGUCAACACUGAUCCUGGCACUUAGUAUCUGGGACAGCAGUAACAGAGUGUAUCUGUUCAAAAAUAAGAUUCUCGCGGCAAUUGCAUUUGAGCUGCAUGGCUGGAAGCGGGAGGAGUAUGACGCAGAUGACGAUUGGGGGGCGCAUAGUAUGGGAGAAUUCGAGAAGAAGUCAGAACGAAUGGUGGCUAAGAUGCAGCUGCCCCAGCAUGGGGAGAGUGGUUUGAAGUUGCGAAAAGAAUAAGGCGUACAGAAAGACUGUAUAUACAUAGAGAAGACAGUGCACAGGCUGCACGGCUGAUGAACACGGCUGUUUUGAUCAUAUAUCAUCAUUAAAACGUACACAGAAAGGGAGUUUGAGUGUGUGUAAAGCUUGAUACA